GAUGUGACACUGGUUUCGGAAACCUCCUGGCGUUGAUGAUCAACAACGCGGGGCUUAUGCUAUACAGCCGUUUAGAUUGGGGUUCAUUAGAGUCCAUACAAAAUGUGUUUGAAGUCAACGUUUUCGGUGUAAUACGAGUCACCAGAAUAUUCCUGCCAUUAAUUAAACAGUCAAAAGGGCGAGUUAUCAACUAUUCCAGUAUAGUUGCCUAUUGUUCACUACAAAACCUCGGGAUAUAUUGUAUGUCAAAAGCAGCGGUCCUUAGAUUUUCUCAGACACUCCGUAAAGAAAUGAAUGAAUUCGGUGUCACUGUGUCUACAAUAUGUCCAGGGUAUUAUGCACACACGGAGUUAACUAAUAUAGCGUUGAAAGGCUUGGAAAAGGCGUGGAAUGAAACGGAUGAGUCGGUUAAGAGUGGUUAUGGAGACCAAUAUUGUGAUAAAAUCAAGAAACUGUAUGUCAAGUUACAGGGUAUGAGUUUUGCGCAAGGCAAUCCCAAUGUUGUGGUCAACGAUAUAAUUGAUGCCAUUAUGAACACCAGCCCUAAGAGUCAUUACUAUCCGAUUGAUGGCAUCAUUAUCUUU